AUGGAAGAAAAAAAAAAUUUUGAAAAUCUGAAAACUUUGACACACGCAACAUUUUGUUUUGAAAGUGAAGAUCAUACCUUAGGAAAUUGUUUACGUUGUAUUUUACUUCAAAAAGAAGGUGUAGAAUUUGCUGGAUACACAGUACCUCAUCCAACACAAGCAGAGAUUAAUGUUAGAAUUCAAACAACAGGGAAACCGGCUUUAAAUAUUUUAAAAGAAUCAUUGGAUGAUCUCUCCAAUAUAUGUGAUAUUAUGUUGAACAAGUUUAAUGAUGUAUUAAAAUAUUCGUAUUAA